CGUACUCGGCCUCUCCUCCCUCCCCGCUCUGCUCUCCAGUCUCCUGUCUUCUCCACUCCAGACGGUAUCCCGCCUUUGAGUCUUAACUUUCAGUCCCGUUGGCGCCAUGGAUUCUUGCUACUCUUCGACUGACAAGAGAUUAGAUGCUUUGGAGAAUGGAAAUGCAGGUGAAUCCAAACUUCAUGUGUUGUCGUCAUCAUCUGUGAAGAUGGCAAGUUCGUCAAAGGUACAUUGGAGCUCUAAAGAUGUAGAAACUUAUUGCAAGUUUUGCAUUGAACCAAAUGAAAAAGGUCUUCCAAGCAACGAUACGGAUGGAUGGACUGUCAUAACUAACAAGUUUGAGAAGCUGCACAAAAAGUAUGGUAGAACUCAAUUGAUAAGUAAGUUGGAGAAUCUUGAGGAAGAAUGGAAAAGAUAGAAGCAAUUGCUUUAUAAGGAAACAGGAUUAGGAUGGGAUCCUAGCAAGAAAACCAUUGACGCAAGCGACGAUUGGUGGGAGAAGAAAAUUCAGGUUUUUAUCACUUCGUUUGGUGCCAUUUUUUUAAGUUCAGCUUCUAUGAUAUGUAGGACACAACUAAUGAAAAUGUUCUAUUAUAACAUGCCAAUCCUAAGCUCAAGCCUUUUGGAAGAAAAGGCAUACAUCCAGAUCUUGAAGUUUUGUUAGAUAAAAUGUUCAAAGAUACAACUGAUACCGGAGAUACCACAUGGAGUACUAAUGAGGAUAUGGAGGGCACACAACUUGAUAGCAGUGAUGGUUCAGGAUCUACUGAUGAGAAUUUAGACUGUGAAAUAGAUGAAAAGAUUGUUCAAUCAAGUGAAGGUAAGAGUCAUAAAAGAGUGGCUCAAAGCCAACUGAGGCAAACACGAUGAAAGAAAGAGAAGAAAUUGACAGGAACGGCUAAGUCACCACAGCAACUUGACGAAAUCUGUUCAGCUGCUGAAAGUAGCAGCACUGCCGCAUCUCAACGAAAUGAGGGAUUGGGUUCGACAUACAAGCAGCUCAUACAGUUGAUGGACACCAUACCUGAGAUUCUGCACGACGACCAGUUUAAAUUUUUUGCGCUCGAUCUUUUUGUGGAAAUGAAAAACAAUAGGGAGAUCUUCAUGAACUUAAAGAGCAAUGAAAGAAGAGUCACGUGGCUCAAGUAUGAGUUCGCAAAGGUUAGUCAUCACUAGGAUGUUAGCAACUUGUUUGUAGUACUUGGCAUAUGCUACAACAUUGUUUAACUCUAGUUGCACUACCUUUGAACUCUGCAAAUGAGCUCUGGGGUUUUAAAGGCCCUUGGGCAAAUGCAAGUGAUAUUUGG